AUGUCAGAAAAGUACAAAACACUCAAAGUCAAAGAACUCCAAGAGAUCUUGCAAAAGAACGGUCUUCCUGUCUCCGGCAAAAAAGAAGAGCUCAUCGAUCGCCUUGUCAAGCAUGAUGAAAGCAAGGCUUUGGAGUCACUUGACGAUCUCGCUGGUCUUGAGGAAUUCGAGGAAUCGAAGCUUGAUCUAGAUUCACUUGAUCCUGACCUAAAGUCAUUGAACGACAAGCCUGAAGUUGCCGAGAAACCCAAAGAAGAGCCCACCAAAGCCGAAGAGAAGGAUACUGCUGGUGCUGCUGCUGGUGCUUCAUCUACAUCCAAAGCCGAUGCUACUACAUCCAAUGAUAAGCCGGCCACUGAACAAUCAACCACCACCGCAACGACUACAGCUACUCCUACUACGACUGAGCAAGAGGCCAAGGAUGAACCUCCCAAAGAAGUCGUCAAGCCUGGUAGCAGCUUCAAGUACACACCUAUCACCUUUGGCAAGAAGCCCGCUGCUACGACUACCAGCACCAGUCCAAAGCCUUUGCCCAAAGCAACUACAGCAGCCGCAUCAAAGAACGAUGAUAUUGAAAAGAAGAUUGAACGUGCCAAACGCUUCAAUGUACCAUUGGAUGAAAAGACCAAGCAGCAAAUGCGUGCUGAGCGCUUUGGAUCGGGUAAAAAGACGACGACAUCAUCGGGUAUUGACCCAGAGGUGCUCAAGCGACGUGCUGAGAGAUUUGGAAUCCCCACCAAGGAAGCUGAAGAAGAAAAGAAGCGCAAGCGUGCUGAGCGCUUUGGUGUUCCCGAGAAGAAGCAGCGACGUUAA